AUGGAUUCCCUCCGGAAGCGCCGACAUGACGAUGGGGCGGACCUUCACCCUCCCGAAGUUCUAUCGACGCUUGUCCGCCUUCGUAACAUGUGGCAAUUUGCCAGUCUCUGCCAGUGGUUUUAUAUCUUUGGCGGCGUGGUCAAGCUGGACAAUCUAGACAUAGAUGUUCGUUCUCUGAACCCUGCUCAGUCUAUGGCUCGAUGCUUAAGCCCACACUCGACGGUACUGCAAGAUAUUGGACUUGCUCUCCUCAAAUAUCUUUCGUCUCAUCGUGGCUUGACUGCUGAGCUCUUCGACGAAUACACCAGGCGCCAGUUUGCAACAAAGGCUCCCGAGCUGCCAAAUCCCUUCGGCAACGACGAAGUUCCUGCGAGAUUUGCAAGUUUUAGCAUCUUUCAAAAGAUUCGAAUACUUCACCAAAUGACAUCUUUCGUCAUGAUCAAUGCAGAAAAGCUUCGCGAAAAGAUGGCAGAACAAAAGGAUGCCGACCAAGACCAGACAACUUGGUUCGACAUGAAGCCCGGAGGUGGAAAAGAGAUUGCGCGAACUCGCACGCACGCUCAAUUUGGGGCAAAGUUCUCCUCGUCCCGCAUCGAGCCUUUCGGAUGGGAUAGAGACGACCGCGCCUACUUUGUUCUUGACGACAACCGCGUUUAUCGUUUGACGGAGGCGCCCCCCGCACCUCCCAAACCAAAAAAGAACACCAAGAAGGCCAGGGCACUGGAAAGGCGCAGGGAGAAGCGGCGCCGCGUCUCUUCUACAACCCUUGGCAACGCAGCUGAGGUCGAUGAAGACCGUACUGUCCCACGAGAUGAUCAAGAAACACACGCAACGAACGAUGAUAUUGAAGGGGACAUCAAUGAUGGCCUAGGUGGGAUGACAUGGGAGUGCGUCGCUGUGUCUUUGGACGAGCUGCGCUCACUACUGGCCUCGAUCUCCAGCAAGAAGGAUCCUAAUGAGCGGGUUUUGCACGAAAAACUUGUCGAGCACCUCCUCCCUAUUCUUGAGCAGCAAGAGGAAAGAAGGAAGAAGCGAGAGAAGGAGCACGAAAAGGCAUUGCUGAACCUAGCAAAGAUGGCCAAUGCAAAGAGGUCAAGUCGAAUUGCUGGCCGACAGGAGCAGCAAAAGCAGGAGGAGAUGCUACGGGAGGAAGAACAGAAGCGACGCUUUGAGAUAGAGGCGUUACGAAAACAAGAGCAAAGACAACGCAAGGCCGAAAAAGAGCGCGAGGCUCGUCUCCUAUCGCGGGAGAACCGCCUUAACGAACGCGAAAAUCGACGAGCGCGGCACAAAUACGAAUUAGCACAGCUUUCCGAGGAUGGCAGGUCUGUCGACAAUGCCGUAGGUCGGAUAUCUGAACGCAGACGGCAGGCGGAAAUUGAGAAAAACAAAGAAGCGCUUAGGGACCUGGGCGAUGAGUUGGAAGAUGAAUGGACGUUUGACUGCAUUUGCGGCCUUCAUGGCAAGAUUGACGACGGCCAGCACAGCGUGUCCUGCGAAAAAUGCAGCAUUUGGCAACACAGCAGGUGCUUGGGUAUUGACGAGAAAGAGGCUGAGAAAGAUGAUUUUCAUUUUGUCUGCGAUCCCUGCAAACGCAGUGCGGCCACUGUGGCGGACGGCCAGCCAUUCGCCCGACCCGUUAUAAGAAUCAAGAUCAACGCACCUGUCCCUGAGAAGCCAACCCAGCCCACCGCUCGAGCUACUGACUACCGGGUGCCUGUUGCGACACAGUCAGUACUACCAAAUCCGGUGGUGCCGACCCCGGCGUCGACUCUUGGCAGCGAACUGGAUAACGAUGAUGCCGACUUUGAUGCCUAUCCUCAAGAAGUUGCGCGUGCUCCUGUUCUUGCCCUCCCAGAGGCGGGCAAUGGCAUCGGCACGGUUCCGGGGAAGGUAGACGGUGUAACAACUCUGCCAAGAUGGAGUCCCAACGGCCAUUCCAGCGUGGAGUCUGGUUCCAACCCGAUGCCGUGGCCAACACGAAACGAACAUACAAAUCCUUUUGCAGCGCCCCAUCCCGGUCUCUCUCAGCCAGACCAGUCUCCGCGCAAGUCACAUGCAUAUGGGACAAUCUAUGAGCAGCCUGUUCCUCCCCCUGUGCUUCCACACAGCCUACAAUCACAACCGAUGAUAAAUCUGGACCCACUCACGCCCACAGCCGCUACAUCCACAUGUAGAGCGCAACCGUUACCCGCUCAACUGCCUCCAACCGCCCUUGCAACCCCGCGGCUGCAACAUCGACAAGAAGAGGGCCUUGUAGCUGAACCUUUAAUGCAGUCUUCACCAUCACUUUUACCAUCGAGUGGCGGUAUGUCACCAACCAAGCACUCCCGAGCAGCUUCGAGCGACCAGACUGCUGUACUCCCACGCGGUAGCCCAGUCUCAAUCUCCAUACCGCCGUCAGCGGCUUUGUCUCCUUCCACGCCUCAACAAAUCCUUGUGCCGCCUGUCAAACCCGAGGGUCUGGCACAUCGGCAAUCGUUUUCAAACAUUGCUACUGAUCAAGCCUCACAACCACGUGCAAAUUUAAGCUAG